AUGCACCUGACUGAAGCUCGGGACUGCCUGGACGAUGCGUCGGCAAUCGUAUACGUGCUCAAACCAAACCACGAAGAACCCAAUCCGUCCAGAGGUUGGCAAGAGGAUGAUUUCAUCUGGAAUACCUUCAUCACCCGGGAAAACAAGGAUCGAGUUGUCCUCCUCCUGUUCCAAGAUGCAUCCUGGGAUGGCAAAUUCUGCUCGCAGAUCGGCUCCAUUUUCAACCUGGUGGAGCACUACACUGCUAUGGAUCGGUUCUCUGCUGUCAUACAUGUCAACGUUGCAUCUGGCGAAGGCAUCCGAGAAAGUUUUCAGCGCGCUGUCGAGGCUGUACAAAGUGGCCCUCGCUCUGUGAGGCAAGCUAUUGUAAAGCUGGGUACCUGGAAGAUCAUUCAGACCAUGCCCCUCCUUUCUUCCAAGAGCUCCAUCUCAGAGCUCGAGGUUCCAACAGAAUCACAAAGAAAGCGGACGACUGAAAGCUCUCGUUCUCUUGAACCACAAAAAGAAGUGAAGCCCGUUGUCGAUCAAGGCUCUGCCUCGCGAACCGGUUGGCAGAAAGUAAGAAAGUUUGUACAGCAAAAGAAAUAUGACAUCGUUGAGCUCAAACCUGUGGUGGUAGAGCAAGCGUCACUACAAAAACUGCCAGUGCGAUCAACAGGAUCAAGUGAAAGUCGCCCAGGUUCCGUUAAGAGCACAACAUCUGAGCAACAGGAUUCUGUAUUUGCGCGAUCACCGUCCCCAGCCCUGUCGUUCAGCUCUGAUGUGUCGGUAGAGCCUCCUCAUGCACUUUCAGAAAGCGUGUUGCAAGACAUCCGAGAGGAAGCCAACAAAGUCAUUCUUGCUCAGGCAGCAAGUCAAGAAGAUGCUGCUGACGGAAAGCCAGUUAAGGUCCCAAAGUUAGAGGAGCCAAGGCUGUUUCAAGGUCAGAGAACACCCAAGGAAAUCUUUCCUCCUGCCAAACUCAAUCAUGUCAAAGAGGAGCUCAUGCCAGAGGUUGUCAGCGAGAGGGAUAAGUAUUUUUCUCUGUCCGAAAGCGAAACGAGCGACCGUUCUCGUGAAGCGAAUGACCGUAAUUUUCCAAUUCGGACGCUCUCCGCAAGUACAAAUUUUCAAAGAGCGGGAUCAGGGGUUUCUGAUGCGUUUCGCAUUCUGCUACAAAUCUUCCCGCAUAGGAGCGCCGAUGUCUUCGAGUUGGAGAAUUUGGAACGACGAAUGCAAGCAAUCGUGACAAGAUACACGGCAUUGUAA